UUUGCAAUCACAAGUAACCGCCCCCUUCUGCAGUGAGUUCCGGGUUUGAUUCAACAGCGCUAAUAUGGUAUUUACAGUAGUGUAACAGCAGUGAACUGCAAGAUAUAUUGAACACUAGUGUGUUUUAUAGCGUGUGGACACCAUUUUUGUAGAUGAUGGAUGCCACAUCAACAGCUGGAGUUCUUCAUCCCUACUGGCCACGGGACCUUUUGAUUCCCACCUAUGUAGCAAAUGACAGAUCAAUGUCAGAGAUUCUGGCGUUCCUGUUUUCAGUGUCAGGGGUGUUCCUGCUUGUGACCUGGCUGAUCACGGGCCGGAAAGGGUCCAGGCUUGGGACAUGGAGGCGCCUGGCUGUGUGCUGGUUUGCUGUCUGCGGUUUCAUCCAUGGUGUCAUCGAGGGCUGGUUCUCGCUGUAUUAUGAUGCCAUUCCAGGAGACCAGAGCUUCCUGUCACAGCUCUGGAAAGAGUACUCCAAAGGAGACAGUAGAUAUAUAAUAGCGGAUAACUUCACUGUCUGUAUGGAGACUGUGACUGCAUGGCUAUGGGGACCUUUCAGCUUUUGGGCCGUGUUUGCCUUCUUAACCAACAAGCCCUACAGAUUUGUUUUGCAGCUCAUCAUUUCAAUAGGUCAGCUGUACGGCGUAGUGCUUUACUUCUUCACAGAGCACAGAGAUGGAUAUGCUCACAGUGAGUUGGGACAUCCUGUCUACUUCUGGUUCUACUUUGUGUUCAUGAAUGUGCUGUGGGUCGUCAUCCCACUGGUCCUCGUUGUGGAUGCAUGCAGGCAGCUGUCAAAAGCCCAGGCACACACCGACAAGUCUAAGAGGAACUGACCAGAGACGGACUGUACUAGGGACAAGGGCGCAAAAAUAAUAAUAAAUACAUUUUUAUAGAUAGA